AAUUUGCAUGUUCCCAUUCACAUACAAAAAUACUUCAAACCGAUAAGCCAAAAACAGCCAAUAACAUUUUUCUGCUAUUUAUCUACUUCCUCUUUCAAUCAUAUCAUUCUCACAUUCUAAAUUUCGAUAAAAUUAUCAAAGCCCUAAUAUUCACAUGCAAUCUCUCUCUCCCCUCAAUUAUAUACAUAUAUAAAAUUAUUUUAAUUCAAAAUGUGGAUGAUGGGUUACAACGAAGGAGGUGCAGAUUCCUUCAACGGAGGAAGAAAGCUUCGUCCUCUCAUCCCACGCCUCUCUUCUUGUCCCACCGCCGCCGCCGCAAACACCAACGCCGAACACCGCUUUAAUAUGGCAGUGGUGGCGAUGACGGCGGAGCAGAGUAAGAAGGAGCUGAUGAUGCUAAACUCAGAACCUCAACACCCACCGGUAAUGGUGAGCUCACGGUGGAAUCCGACGCCGGAUCAAUUGAGGGUUCUUGAAGAGCUUUAUCAACAAGGAACUAGAACUCCUUCGGCCGACCAUAUCCAACAAAUCACCGCGCAGCUACGACGGUACGGGAAGAUUGAAGGCAAAAACGUUUUCUAUUGGUUCCAAAACCACAAAGCCCGCGAGCGCCAGAAACGCCGACGACAGAUGGAAAACGGGCACGACGAAUCGGUCAUUACAACAACUAGUCUUGUCUCAAACCACGGAUUCGACAAGAAAGAUCUACUAGGUUACAAGGUUGAACAGACCAAAAACUGGAUAUGUUCGGUUGGAUGCGACACACAACCAGAGGAGGAUCCUGUCUCAAUAGCGAUGGUAACAACGAAGCGCAAUGGUCGUCAUGUAGGAAACGAUAGAGAAAGCUGUCCUGGGAGAAAUGCCAUGUGGCAGAUGAUGCAGCUGCCACCUGAACUCUACCCUUGUUCACAAUAUUAUCAUCAUCGUGAACUCAUUCUCAAUUCCACUACGGUUUCGUCCAACAUGUCCACUAGCAACAGUAGUACUGUUCCCGCUGCUAAAGAUACGGUCACAGUUUCACCUCUAACACUGAGGCCAAGAGCAGCAAGGAACACAGAGACUAGCGAUGAUGAUAAUAAAGAUCAACAACAUGAAUCGGAUAAUCAAGAACAGACACUUGAGCUGUUUCCAUUAAGAAAAGAAGGGUUUUGUAGCAAUGCUGAGAAAGAGAAAGAGAGUGGCACUCGAUGUUUCUAUGAGUUUCUUCCGUUGAAGAACUAACCCUAAUUAAUUUUUCUCAAGAGCAGCAGCAUCUUUUGUGUUAGAGCGAGAGAAAAGGGUUUAAUUAAUUAGGGUUUUUUUGGGGGGACUUGGGAGUGAGGGUAGGCGUGUCUUUAUGGUGUGGAUGUUAACAUUUCAUAAGGGUUUGCCUUAAAAUGCACUUUGGACCACUUUCUUUAAAUGUUAAAAACGAGCUAAACAGAUCUUAAGAGAAGAAAGAGACAUGUGAUUUUCUCAUCAGUUAUUAAUCAUUUGUGUGGAUGUGGUGUAUUUAAGGUUUUGGAUCAGGAAACUUACUCGACUUGGUUGGUGAUUGGGGGUGUUGAGAUCAAGUGUUACCAAAUGGAAAACUCGUUAUAAUUAAUAGAUAUCUUUUUUUUUAA